CUCCUUAACCCAGAAAAACUGGACUUGAUGAGAAAAAAGGGAGAUUUCUUCAUUCUCCAUUUACCAAGGUCAUGGGAGAUAUAGAGGAAACAUUAUUUGAAGAAUUUGAGAACUAUUCCUAUGAACUAGACUAUUACUCUCUGGAGUCUGAUUUGGAGGAGAAAGUCGAGCUGGGAGUUGUUCACUGGGUCUCCCUGGUGUUAUAUUGUUUAGCUUUUGUACUGGGAAUUCCGGGAAAUGCCAUUGUCAUUUGGUUCACGGGGUUCAAGUGGAAGAAGUCAGUCACCACUCUGUGGUUCCUCAAUCUGGCCAUUGCUGAUUUCAUUUUUGUUCUCUUCCUGCCCCUGUACAUUUCCUAUGUGGCCAUGAAUUUCCACUGGCCCUUUGGCAUCUGGCUGUGCAAAGCCAAUUCCUUCAUUGCCCAGUUGAACAUGUUUGCCAGUGUUUUCUUCCUGACGGUGAUCAGCCUGGACCACUAUAUCCACUUGAUCCAUCCUGUCCUGUGUCAUCGGCAUCGAACCCUCAACAACUCUCUGAUUGUCAUUAUAUUCAUCUGGCUUUUGGCUUCUCUAAUUGGUGGUCCUGCCCUAUACUUCCGGGAAACUGUGGAGUUCCGUAACCAUACUCUUUGCUAUAACAAUUUUCAGAAGCAUGAUCCUGACCUCACUUUGAUAAGACACCAUGUUCUGACCUGGGUGAAAUUUAUCUUUGGCUAUCUCUUCCCUUUGCUAACAAUGAGUAUUUUCUACAUGUGUCUCAUCUUCAAAGUGAAGAAGCGAAGCAUCCUGAUCUCCAGCAAGCAUUUCUGGACAAUUCUGGCUGUGGUUGUGGCCUUUGUGGUUUGCUGGACUCCCUAUCACCUGUUUAGCAUUUGGGAGCUCACCAUUCACCACAAUAGCUAUUCCCACUAUGUGCUGCAAGCUGGAAUCCCCCUCUCCACUGGUUUGGCAUUCCUCAAUAGUUGCUUGAACCCCAUCCUUUACGUCCUAAUUAGUAAAAAGUUCCAAGCUCGCUUCCGGGCCUCGGUUGCUGAGAUACUCAAGUAUACCCUGUGGGAAGUCAGCUGCUCUGGCACGGUUAGUGAACAGCUCAGGAACUCAGAAAUGAAGAAUCUGUGUCUCCUGGAAACAGCCCAAUAAGUUACUACUUUUCCACAAAUCAGUAUAAGGCUUCCAUAUGGGUCCUCUGAUGAAUGCUUUCAGAUUAAAAUUGUUUCCAAGAUAGAGAGCUGACCCUACUUCUAUUGUUUUUGUUUUUGGUCACUAUAUAGUCAUCACAUUUUUGUGUGAAUAUAAAACUUAGGAAGGAUCCUCUUGACUCCUUUUGAUGUGGCAAUAAAAAUUUUUAAAAAACUAAAA